UAUGAUGCGGUACGGAUAUCUAAAAUGCAAGCAACAUAAACAUUCUCCGUACCGUUCACGCUCAAACAGACAGCAUGGUCGGCCAGGCAGUGUACAGCAUCAACAGAUAUUAUAUAAUUGUAAUAAAACGAAGGUUAUGUUGGCAAUCAGCCAGUACCAGAAAAGUUAUCACUUGUCCGUGACAGGUAAGUUAAACCAGGAGACCAAAGAACUGAUGUCUGCUUCUCGUUGUGGUAAUAAAGACAAAGAUGAUGGUGUGUACAGGGAGGAACACUUUAAUUCAAAAAGGAAGCACCCUCGUCGACAAGAUCUAAGACAUGGCCGCGGAAACAGGGCCAAUCGACGAAUAGAUAUGAACAAACGACACAAUAGAAAAAAUAUGAACCCGAUGAGAAAACGCUCAAAACGGGAAGCAUUUCACAGAUCCCGUUCAAAAAUCAAAACGACCACCACAGGGGAGAAGUUUUUAGCGAGGGACAAACGAUCCGUCUCGUCAAAUUUAUCCCCAUUGCUAUCUUCUAAUUUACCUUUGACUUCCAAGCUGGCUUCUCUCUUGGUGGCGACUUUCUCAAAAUUUCGAGCCACUAGAGGUCGCUGGAAACGGAAUACGGCAAAUGGUUAUUCGACCGUAUCCCUGACUGAACACAAUAACAAUACGGUAUCAAAUAAUACCAAAACGAUCGCUAAUGACACGUUAUUAGCCCGUGAGAUACUAAACCGUGUUAUUGCUGAAUCAAAUACAUCAUCAUCUAAGACCACAGCGACAAAAGAAACAGUUUCAGAGGGCGGAGUACGGACUAGUAAAACUGCAAGGCAACACACGGCAAAAGACUUAGCGCCGUCAAAGUUAAAUACAAUUAGCUCAGAAAACACAACUUCAACAUCAUCGCAAUCAUCACAAACACCCAAACCAAUUUCUAAUACAUCUACUCAUACUUCUAAUGUAACAAGCACCACAACAACUAUAAAUAAUAAUAAUAAUAAUGCACGUAAAUAUGUACAGUUUCAAAACUCACAAACAAAACAAAAAUUAAAAACAACAGCAGCAGCAACACCAACAGCAAAAUCAAUAUCAACAAGUAGCAAUACAUGGCUAGAAUAUUCUGAUGACCAUGUACGGACGUUGAGUGACGAGCAGCCAUGGAAUGAGUCUUGGCUGGAGGAAGCGGUUUCGAAUGGUGAAGUUGAACGCAAAGGCAGUGAAGGUAGACAAGAGCAGCGGCCAUAUUUUCACUCGUUCGCUUCUCAAUCAUCGUCGUCGUCAUCGUCAUCUUCAUCAUCAUCAUCGUCGUCGUCUACAGCGUACAUGUCUUCGUCACGGUCAUCUCUUUCGCCAACUUUUACGGCAGUGUCUUCUUCUUCUUCUUCUUCUUCUUCUUCUUCAUCGUCAUCUGAAUUUCGGACGAACCCGGACGACAGCAGUGGUUCUGCUGUCCGUGGUUCCACCGAUGGUGACCAAAUUAGCAAGCGUAGUGUGAUCAACUUCAAUAGUGCCACACGCAUUGUAAAUAACAACAACAACAACAGCACACACACCAACCACCAACAAAACAAUAACAUUAACCAUAACAAUAACAGUAAUAACUACACAAACAACAGCAACAACGAUACAACCACCAUUUCUACACAUCUUACUACUGCUGCUACUAAUGCUACUACGUUUAAAGAAUUUCAGUUGGAUAGUAGUAGUAGUAGUAGUAAGUCUAAUACAGAUGAGAUUCUCGAACACGUUUGUAAUGGUAAGGAGAGAUGUUUUAGUAACCCAAGCACUAGCAACAACAAUUGUAAAUGUAACCUUAGCAGCAGCAGCAGCAGCAGUAGUAGUAGUAGUAGCAAACGAGAUAGAAGUAGCGAGAGAGGUAGCGCGAGUAAUAGCAGUAACUUAUGUAAGUGCAUCGCUAUUAACGACGCCAAAGUAAACAACAGCAACACUGUAAGUAGCAGCAGUAGCAGUAGUAGUAGCAGCAGUGUUAAGGGUAACAAAGAUAUUGCAAGCGGGCUGGACUUCGAAACAGGUGUUUAUACGACAAAAACGGUUCGAACGAGACCGUUGCGAAGGGGUACGCUGACUAGAAGCUACAGUCAAAGACAGAGAGGAAGCACCAGCUCGAUUGCUGUAAAUAGUAGUAGUAGUAGUGGUGGUGGUGGUGGUGGUAGUAGUAAGGGGAACAGUAGGGAUAGCAAUAGUAAUUACUCUAAGUCAAUAGCCAAUAAUAAUAAUAAUUAUAAUAAUAACGAGAAAGAUCAUGUCAAGGGCGAGACAGAGCUGACAUCAAACCCUAAACAAGAACCUGUAGGGGCGAGAUUAGGCUCUUCUUUGCCGUCAUUGCAUUCAUCAUCAUCAUCGACGUCAUCAUCAUCAUCGUCGUCAUCAUCAUCUUCAUCCUCAGAAUCAUCAUCGUCAUAUAUAAGAACUUUUGCUUCAUCCUCAACAACAAUUGAUACGUCAUCAUCAUCAUCAUCACCAAUCACAACACCACCUUCAUCUUCAACACGUGAAAAACUGGCUUUCACAUCGGUGCCUCACCUCACAUCCGACACAGCUCUUUCGACGACGGCCACCGUGGCCACAGGUAAAAAAACGACUCAGUCAGAAUCGACGACGAAGACAACGACGGCAACAACUCUAACGACAGACGAAGACAGAAGACCCCCCAUCGCUACAUUAGCGACACCAGUUUUGGGUACAAACGACCAAGACGUGAAUGACGUCAUAUACUCAGACAGUGACAUUAACAAUAAUAAUUAUAUUAAUAAUAAUAAUAAUAACAAUAAUAAUAAUAAUGAUAACCGAAACUUAAGGUCUUCUCUACCUUUACGUUACACCGAAACCGUUCCAGCUGGGAUAAAGUUGGGAGCCAUUUCAAAACUUGAAGAAUUAACCUCAUAUAAUACUAACCAAAAUGACAAAAACUAUUUAAAUGAUGGCGAAUAUAAUGUAAUUCACCUGAAGAAACUUUUUAUCAAAUUGCUCAGUCAAUCAGAAACGGCGACACAAUCGUCGCCGAAGUUGCCAACAGUGACUUACUCACCGUUUUCUUUCACGACAAAACCAAAUAUCCAAUGGACAGAGCGUCCGCAACCCCCCAAAACGUCGGCGCCUCAUUCCAGGUGGUGGAACCAACCGCAUACGAUUUCCUAUAUGCUGUCGGUAAUCAAAUUCGGACUCAGACCGAAAGAGCUGCAGCAUCGUACGCGGCAAAAUUACCUGCGGGAGACGGCGCGCCGCUUGAAAGAGACUGAUCCUCUAAUGUACAACGACUCGCCGGUGCAUCAACGUAAACGCCGCUCGCCCGUGGUUAACAAGGUGAACGGGUGGGGACAAAUGUUUAAAAAGAAAUUGAUACGCUGGCGUUUGUUAGAUUCGGGAUACAGCAACCGCAUCCCUGUGGAAGAGCAGAGAGCUACUCUUACACUCGCCUUCCGGAUGUGGAACGAAGUGAUUCCCUUAAACUUUGUGGAGGAUAUUACCAGUCACGUGAAGGAUGUCGAUAUACAUAUUGCGUUUGGUCAAGGUAGGUUCCUUUUAAUAUUACUAAGAAAUUUUCUCCAUUCAUCUUCGUUAUAUAUUUUCUUAUUUUUUUCUUAUAACGGCUUUUUCUGUACAUCUACAAACGAGGCUCCAAGUCGUAAUUAGAACGCCGAAUCAAUUUUAUUCAUAGGGGAAUUAAUUCAAUAUUUUUAUGCAAAGCUGAAUAGC